AUGAAUAACAAUAACCAUAUCCAUAUGGACCUAAGGGUCGGCUUCGAUGAGGACUUCACCAUUGAAGGCCAGUCCAUGCCUUGCAGCUCGGCAUCCAGCAGCUUCUCCUCUGCUUCCACGGCCAGUUCAUCCCAAGAUCCCUUCACACCCACAUCCGGUCGUUCGACGCCGGGACUUCGACCUAUGAUGAUAGACCACGAGUCAGUCGCUUGUGGCACGUCAGGCGGUUUCGGUUUGACUCCACCGACAUCAGCCUUUGGCGGCUAUUUCCCAAACGACGUCAAGGCAGACUUUCCCAACUACAUGAACUGUGGUGGACUUUCAGCGACCCCGAGCCGGAAGUCAAGCAUGCCGACCAACGUGAUGGACUUUGACUACACUUCGAUCAUGCCCACAACUUUGGCUUCUCAGAGCAAUCCUACCCAGUCCACAAACCCCCAGGCUCUGGGCCAUUAUCCAUUCGCAGAUCAGAUGACAUCCUCGCCAUUGGUGUUCCCUACGCCCCCGUACCCAUACGACAGCAACACUUGUGAUGUUUCGGCAACGUGGGCAUGGCCUGGAGACAGUCCUGUGUCUUUCUUCGACAGGCGUGAUUCACCUGCGCUAUCAUCUCCGGUCAAAGACCUCGGUCUAAGAGAACGGAACAACAUGACCCCAUCCUUCCUCAUUCGCCAUGGGAGAAGGCGUCUUUGCGUAGAAGAGGUACAGCAGAAGACUUCAGCACUACAACAGGUGCAGCAGCAUGGACAGCGGGUCCACGUCAAACGAGAGAGGGGACACAAUAUUGGAAUCACCGGACCGAUAGUUUCGGUUCCAAGAGGCAACUUCUACUGCCAACACCCAGACUGUCUUGCCGGGAACCACAAGCCGUACAAGAGGCAGGAACACCUGAAGAGACAUACGCACUCUCAACACACUAUCACUCCGAAAACAAAGUGUGAAUUUUGCGUCAAGGAGUUCAACCGGAGAGACAACUACCGUCAACACCUUUAUCUGCACACUCUGCAGGGCCGUGCCAUCACCCGAACGGACUACUACCCAGGAGCUCAGGCUGUAUACGACGCUGAAAUGAAGAGGACCAAGCAGCGAAGCCAGCCGAAGAGUAAGGUGGCAAUACCCAAAAGGGAGAGCAAGUUAUGA